AUGAGCACGAGGAAGCCUCCCAAGAGUCGAAUGACUCCGCGAAGCUCUCCGAUCCAAACUCAUCCGAGUGAAGAGGCGACCAAUAAUUUGCCGGAAACUGAAGUGCUGAAUGGCAUCAACUCAGAUGAAAUGCCAACCGAAAAAUGUGCCCCUACACCAUCUCUUUCAGCUUACUUCCUCCAGAACUACAUUACGAGCAUGGCAUUUCACGCGUACAUUGCGUUCGUGCCAGCAAUACUGCAGCCUAUAUUGAGACGGAAUCCCCCAUUUAGCAAGUGGAGCCCGAAUGCAGUAACCGUCCUUUGUGUAUUCGUAGCCAAUGCUUCGUGGAUGGAGUUUUUUGGUUUCAAAUGCACGGCGGAUGCUGGUGCAGCCUUCAUUGCGGCGGUUCAAGAGAAGCGAAUAAUGGCAGUUAGCGGCUCAUCCUUACCACCGACUACAAAACGCAUGUUGUUGCUCGGUGCAAUCUCGGGACUCUUAGGUGCUAUGACAGUCGGGCUACUCAUAGCAUUCUUAAGUGGGCUAAAUCCGUUCGGCGGCAUUCUGCCCCUGCCUCAGGAGGUCUUUCGCCUGUUAGAGAAUAGGGAAGCGGAGCCUUCGAUACUUGUAGAUAUAAUGGACGCGGCAGGGACCAUCAGACAAAAGGCUCUUGCAUCCGCUUUUAUUCAAACAGUCGCUUCAGUUGUCGGUUCUUCCCAUACGAUGUUUGCGACAUUCACGUUGGACCUUCAGCACAUGUUGCACGCCGUCUGCACUUCAGCAGGAUUUUACCUUGAACUUAGGCAUAUACAAAGACUAAACUUGGCGGUACUUCUCUUCGCCGUCGUUGCGGGCCUUCCUUUCUGCACUGUAGUGGGUGGCCCAAUGCUAGGAAUCUCUUUUGCUGCCCUGGUUGCCGGGUGCCGAUUGGAUCCGUGGUGCUUCGUGCUCACCGCUUCUGCAGACUUUUUGGCAGCUGUGGGCGCGACAGUUUGGGUUGGUCCCGUGGCGCAUGCACUUCCUACUGUGCGCGCCUUGACUGCACGGUUCGCUCUACUGGACUAUGCAUUGGGAAUGUCCACCGUAUUCAAUCCCCAUGAGCUUCAGAAGCUGCAACUGUUUAAGUGGUGGGCCAUGCACAGAGAGAACUUGUCGCCCCAGUUCCCCAGAUGUCUUAUCGGCCUUCCUCAUUUAUGUCUUGAGUUGACAAGGGCUAGCUCGCCCUCCUCUGUCUUCUCGAAGUGCAUUGACUGA